AUGGAGAUCAAACGUUCGACAAGUGAUUCAAUAAGUGAAUCACAACCAGUUGAUUCAUUUUCAAAAGACAUUGAAGCUGUUGAAGUUCAAAGUUAUAAAGAAAACGAAGAUGAAAAUAGUAAUAAUGAUGAUGAUAACUCGGUGUUUGGACAUGAUCGUAACAGAUUAAAACAAGGUCUUGAACAACGUCAUCUUCAAAUGUUAGCUUUGGUUGGUGUUUUCGGUACUGGUAUUUUUUUAUCAAGUGGUGGUAUAUAUGCAACUGCUGGACCUUGUGGUAUGUUUCUAGCAUAUAUUAUCAUAGCUCUAGUUGUUGGUAUGAAUCAAAUUUCAUUAGCUGAAUGUGCUGCAUUGAUGCCAACUUCUGCUGCUACUGUUCGUCAUUUAGAACAAUUCAUUGAUCCAGCUUGGGGGUUUACUUAUGGUUGGGUUAGUGUUUGGAGUUCUUCAAUGCCAAAUGAAAUAUCUGCUACUGCUGUUAUUGUGUCAUAUUGGACUGAUUUAUCUCAGGGUAUUUGGAUUACAAUUUUCAUUAUUGUUAUAUAUGCUUCAAAUUCUUAUUCAAUUAGAUUUUAUGGAGAAUUAGAAUUUGUCUUUGCAAUGAUUAAAGUCUUAUUAUUAUUAGGAUUAGUCAUUGUUUCAAUUGUCAUUACUUCUGGUGGUGGACCAAGUGGGAAAUCAAUUGGAUUCCAAUAUUGGAGAGAUCCAGGUCCAUUUAAUGAAUAUUUAACACCUGGUAACUUGGGUAAAUUUGCUGGCUUCUGGAAAGCUUUAAAUGGUUGUGUCUACUCAUAUGGUGGUGUUCAAUCUGUCCCUGCAUUAGCUGCUGAAGUUAAAUUUCCAAGAAGAACCGUCUACACUGCAUGUAAAAGAAUUUUUUAUAGAGUUUCUAUAAUAAUGAUUGUUAUAGUGUUUUGUUUAACUUUGAUUGUUGCUUCAAAUGAUGAAAGAAUUGCAAAUUCUACAGGAAAUGCUAAAUCAUCACCAUUUGUUAUUGCUAUGAAAAAUGCAAAUAUUAAAGUUUUGGAUCAUGUUGUCAAUGCUGCAGUAUUAACAUCGGCUUUCAGUGCAGCUAAUCUACAAUUGGUUUAUGGUUCAAGAAAUUUAUUCGCAUUAGCUGUUAAGAAUCAAGCACCUAAAAUCUUCUUAAAAACUACAAAAAGAGGAAUCCCAUGGGUUGGUGUUACAUUUUGUGCAUGUUUUAUGCCUUUAGCUUAUAUGAAUUUAUCAACUAGUUCGGCGAAUGUCUUCAAUUGGUUUCAAUCUAUUGUUUCAGCUAAACUAUUACUUAAUUGGAUCUUAAUCUCUGCAAAUCAUAUUCAUAUGAGUCGAGCAAUGAAGGCCCAAGGUAUACCAAGAUCAAGAUUACCUCAUUCUAUGAGAUUCACACCACAAUUUGCAUGGAUUUCAGGUGUUGCAUCAGUGAUCUUGUUAUUAACAGGUGGGUUUGUUAAUUUUGUCAAGGGGAAAUUCUUAAUAAGUUCAUUGUUUAGUGCAUAUUUUAUAAUACCAUUAGCUUUAGGAUUAUAUUUCGGUUGGAAAUUCUUCAAAGGUACAAGAUAUUUGAGACCUCAUGAAGUUGAAUUGGAAGCAUUGUUUAAAGAUGUUGAAGAAAACCCUGAACCACCAUUAGAACCUCUUAGAGGAUGGAAGAUUUUGACAUUAUUAUGGUCUUGA